AUGGCGUGUACCGGGUAUCGGCGCGUCUGCAUCGCAGGGCAGUUUUUCCUGGUUCAUCGGCUUGUUGCGGCUGCCUUUCUUGGACGGGCACCAAGCUUAGCGCAUUGGAUGGUGAAUCAUAUCGACAACGAUCGCUGCAACAACCAUGUGAGCAACUUGUCGUAUGUAACGCCCAGCGAGAACAGUCGGCAUGCGUGGACCACCAAUGGGUCGCAGCGACUUCCUAGACAGGGCCGAUCUGCUCUGUGGCGUCCUUGUGGCCGUGAGUUCUGGUCUUCGGCUGCUUCGCAAGCAGAAGCUGGAAGAAAAUUGGGCGUGUCACCUCAAUGCGUGUCUCGUUGUUGCAGCGGCUUCUCUUCGAGCUGCAAAGCGACCGAUGGUAGAAACUAUGAGUUUCAGUUCAAGCCCGUGGAGAAGCACGAGUGGAAUGAGGAGGGCGAGUUGUGGAAGCAGGCUGUGCACGCCGGUGAUGGAAAAGUGGUUUCCGAUCUCAUGGUCAGCAAUCGCGGCAGGGUGCUGCGAGCCACGGAUUGGGGCAGAAAGAUGCCCUGGCGUGGUUCGCAGAUGACCGCCGGGUACUACACAGUACACAAAGGGGGCCGCGCAUACAGGGUCCACCGGUUGGUUGCCGGUACCUUCUUGGGUCAGCCUGCAUCGCAAGAUUUGCAGGUGAACCACAAAGACUCGAAUCGUUGGAACAACCACGUGGACAACUUGGAGUAUGCCACGCAGUCUCAAAACAUGCAGCAUGCCUUGCGUCGAAAUGUCGGGAUCAAGCGAAAUGGCCAGGGCAAGCCCGUGCAAGCGCGUGUCGCAGGUUCGAACAGCCCGUGGCAGCAGUUCUCUUCCAUCAAGGCCGCUGCAGAUCACACCGGUACGAACGAACGUGUCGUCUCCCGAUUGUGUUCGGGGAGAGAAAAUGUCAAGAAUACCAGCGGUUGGGAAUUCCGCUUCUUGCCGAUGGAGCCUUUUGCAGGCGAAGAAUGGCGACCGGUGGUUCUGGAGGGAGCACGAGUGCUUCGACACUACAGGUCGUGA